AUGUCUGCCUACUCUCAGGGUAGAUGGAGUGAAGGAAAAGAAAAAGAGAGAGAAAAGGGAAGGGAGGAAAUGCCACUUUGCCUGUAUGAGUGUCUGAGGGCUGUUGGGCUACAGCGUCACUAUGCUAGGUUUACCUCAGUGGGUAUUUGUCGUGCAGCCCACCUUUCAGUGCUGACCAUGGAGGACUAUCCUAUCCUGGGAAUCCGCUCCAUGGAGGAAAGGACUCGACUCUUCCAGCUUGUCCAAAUGGUCAAAACUCUUGACCUUGAAUUUGAAGAUGGUGAUGAUUACAAUGCUAAUGGUGGUGAUGAAGGCUACACUGUAGCAGAUAGUAGAUUUACUUAUGUUGGUUGUGGAGAUGAUGAAGAUGUAUAUGAGAAUGAGGAUGAGAAGAGUGCUGCUCACAGGUUCUACUUUGACCAGGUUUUUAUGGAGGAAAGCUCCAACAAGGAGGUGUAUCGAAGAACAGCAUAUCCGCUGGUGCAGCACAUGCUCAAUGGAGGCAAGGCCACCUGCUUUGCAUAUGGCCAGACAGGUGCAGGGAAGACUCACACCAUGUUGGGCUCUCCUGAGAGACCAGGAUUGUAUGCACUGGCAGUCCGGGACAUUUUUGCUCACCUCUCCACCACACACAUGCACUCACCCUUGCUGGUGUAUGUCAGUUUCUUUGAAAUAUACUGUGGUCAGCUGUAUGACCUGUUGGACCACAGGAAGAGGUUGUUUGCCAGGGAAGAUGGACUAAAGGUGGUUCACAUUGUUGGGCUGCGUGAUGUCAGAGUGGACUCAGUCAGCUCACUAUUGGAGGUGAUUUCACAGGGUACAGAGGAGCGCACACAAGGGAUGAGUGGGGUGAAUCCACACUCCUCUCGUUCCCAUGCCUUGCUUCAGAUUCAGCUAAGAGAUGCAAACCAGCAAAUAGCUGGAAGAAUGUGGUUUGUGGACCUGGCAGGAAGUGAGAGGGCAUCAGAUACCAAAGAAGACAGGCAGAGUCGCAUGGAGGGAGCAGAGAUCAACCAGAGUCUGUUGGCUCUUAAAGAAUGUAUCCGGUCCCUUGAUCAAGAGCAGUCGCACACACCUUUCAGACAAAGCAAACUUACUCAGGUUUUGAAAGACUCAUUUGUUGGUGACUCAAUGACAUGCAUGAUUGCCAACAUUUCACCUGGUCAUUUAGCAACUGAACACACACUAAAUACACUGAGAUACGCCGACCGGGUGAAGGAGUUGAGGGGACAGGGAGGACUACGAGGGGGAAGAAGGGGCAAGAUAAUUCCCUCCCCCAAACGUAACCUGUCCAACAGCAACAGCAACAGCAACAGCAACAGCAACAGCAUCAGCAACAGCAUCAGCAACAGCAACAGCAACAGCAACAGCAACAGCAACAGCAACAGCAACAGCAACAGCAACAGUGGAGGCAACAGCGUUGGCACCCGAGGGAAAAGUCCCCCUAAAAAGCCAAAGUUAGGGAGACAAAUGGAGGAUUUUGGACCCAUCAUGCCUACUAUGAGGUUGGCGUCAGGGGGCGCAAUUCUCUGCUCCACACCCAAAAACAGCAGAUGGGGAGAGGAAACAACUGCAAGCACAAGAAAGGGUAUUGGUGAACACAUAACACCUGUCAAAGGUUUGCUGGGAAUGGAUGAUAAGAGGGAGAGAAGGGAGAGAGCAGGAGGGAGGGAAGGUAGAAGAAGAGAAAGGUAUGUAGUAACUGACAGUGGAGGCCACUCAGUUUGUGACCAAAACUCAGAGGCUGGGUUGGUCUUGGGACAAGCAUCAGAUGAGCAGGUCCACUUGUGGGAGGCACAGGGGGAAUCUGGUUUCUACCACAGAGAAAAAGAGAACCAAAAAGAUGAAAGAAAAAAAAAGGAAGUGGGAGGAAAUAAUGAAAGAAGAGUGAUGGAACAGAGAAGACAAGUGGAAAGCACGGGACACACAUGUGGUGAAGAAGAAAGGUUUAGGGAAAGAAAUGUGCAAAAGGUUGAUGAAAGGGAUAAGAAAAGGGAGAGGCAUCUGAGACAGUAUCACCAGCAGCUGCAGCAGUUCAUGCCCUCAUCAGCUUCUUCAUCUAUCCUCUUCUCACCCUCUACAUGUCCGUCUUUUUCUUCCUCUAAUCGGGCCUCACUCUCUUCUUCGGUCUCUCCAUCUUCCUGUUCUUCUCUCCAACAAUCUUCCCGCCUCUCAGUUUCUGACCUUCAGUAUCAUGGCUUAGAAGAGGUUUUAGAUGCAUACAGAGCCAGGGUUGAGGUUAGGGCUGAUGGUAACAGAGGACAGUCAUCUUUCUUCCCCAUUGGACAGAUUUGCUUACCAAAUGAAACCUCUCCAAGCUGCAAUACAAAUAAGGAUGAGGUAGGUCAUGGUGACUUAGGUGCUGUUGUCGAAGUUCUGAGGGGAUCUAGGGGAGGAACAGAGGCAAGAAUUGGACAAGACAGAGGUAAACGAGAGAAGAGAAGGUCAGUGAAGGCAGCAGGGGAAGUAGAGGUCAGAAAGAGGGGAAAGAAGUUGGUGAGGAAGAACAUGAAGCUUCAGAUGUCCCUGCUGAUGGACUGUGGAGUGCUGAGGAGAGAGAAGGAGCUGACAGCCUCUUUAACCACCCACCUGUUGGGUCAUCGCAUCAACGAGCUCCAGCAGAACGACCCCUCUCCCCAGCCUGUAGACAUACCAACGCACUCCUGA